GUCGCGGUGUUGCGAGAGGGGAUUUGUGUGUCGCAGAUGACCGAAAUUGCCCGAGCUCUUCAGAUCGAGCUCGUCGUUGGAGGUGCCGCUCAUUCGAGAUGGAGAUCUAAUCCUUCCGACCCUGACUGACCUCGCCAUAGCUUUUUCCUGAGCUUGAUCGCUGCCUUCUGCGCUGUCGCCACAAUGAUUCAUUUCGUAUUGCUGAUCAGCCGUCAGGGUAAAGUAAGACUUACAAAAUGGUACUCACCAUAUACUCAAAAGGAGCGCACCAAGGUUAUCCGUGAACUGAGUGGGAUGAUCCUUUCUCGUGGCCCGAAACUUUGCAACUUCCUGGAAUGGAGAGGUCUCAAAGUUGUUUAUAAACGGUAUGCGAGCUUGUACUUUUGCAUGUGUGUCGAUGCAGACGAUAACGAGUUGGAAACUCUAGAGAUAAUCCACCACUUCGUUGAAAUUCUUGAUCGCUACUUUGGGAAUGUUUGCGAGUUAGAUCUCAUCUUCAACUUCCACAAGGCGUAUUACAUACUAGAUGAAGUGCUCAUUGCUGGGGAGCUUCAAGAGACAAGUAAAAAAUCUGUGGCUCGUGUGAUUGCUGCCCAGGACACGUUGAUCGAGCAUGCGAAAGAGCAAUCAAAUUCUUUAUCCAACAUCAUUGCUCAAGCCACCAAGUAGAAGCACUUUGUUUGUGAGGCUGUUUGUUAUGCGAGAUUAGCUGCCGUGGAACGUUACAAACCGUGUGGCCACAUCAUCAAUUUAGUGCUAUACUUCCCGUUACUUCCGACGUAUCUAUUCACCAGUAUUUUCACCUACGAAGUGCGCGAAAAUAACAGUUCGUGGUGCUGCAAGACUCUGUAAGUUAACGUGUUAGUAAACCGUCCAAGAAGUCUGGUUCAGAGUGCCCUGAAACUUGGAGAACAACAGUCAGAUGGAGGAAGACUUCAUCUCGAAGUGUUAGGUACUAAUCCAGAUUAUCCAGGAAUGUAGCAUGUGUCACUGGUCUGGUUCGCAAAGUCGAAACCACGGGUGAUUUGAGGUGUGGGACUUGGAAUUGCUUCUCAUGAGAUGGAAAUUAGAUAAACUAUGAAUCUCGAUUCACCGUCACAUUGCUUUGUUUUAGAAGUAACAUGACAGUUUAAGAAGAGGGAAUCAUACUUCAGGCACAAAAGUAUGGAACGUUGGGAAAGAGGUUGAGGGUGAUUGAUACCUGGAGUUAUCACAAAACACAUUGGCUUAGCAAGGCUGAGCUCUGCAGGCAACCCCAGCGGAGGUGUGGCGUUGAAUAUUGCGCUACUCUCCCGUGGCAUUCCCACCACUCUGAAUUGCUCCCACGAAUCCAAAGAGUACCCAGCGAUUCAUGGUCAAAGGAGGGCCGUAACCCAAAAGCAAUUACAGAGAACGGACCUUGACAACUUCCGUCUCUCUCACCGAUUACGACCGAUGUGCAUCAGAGCCCUUGUACAUAGCAGUAGAAGCAUGCCGACUAAACGUGCAAAGAUGAUCUGGUGGCAGUCAUCGAAAACAUAGAUUGUAGUCUUUUAAAAGAACAGGUAGCACCAGCAAUCCGCUGUGGGGAUGUGUGAAGAUGCACACCUUCACUGCCAUGUUCUGCCACCUCGCUUAUUCCAACCUAAGCGCUUUAAUUCAUGGAUGGCAGAGCUUAACUGCUUCUCGGCGAGGCCGAAA